CACCACCAAAGUACAGGAAGUAAGACUGUCGUGUGUUUUUGUCGCUCGGUUUGUGCAGCGAUCCAAGCUAACUACAACAAGGUGCAUUUUAAUGAGACGCUAAAGUCACACCAUUUCCCCCGAGAUGAGCCCACCAGCACCUUGAUUCGUCAAAUAUGUUUGCUGAAAAAAGGCAAAUGGUUGAGUGUGCAGGGUAUAGAAAACGACAUCGCGGACAAAACACUAGCUAGAACAACAGCAAGCUGAGUAGUAUGCUGGACGUGGGGAAGUGGCCUGUGUUUGCCCUCCUUCCUCCUGAGGAGCUACGGCUUAUCCGGCAGGCUUGUGUCUUUGGCAGUGCUGCAAAUGAAGCCCUGUAUGUCACAGUUAAUGAUGAGGUAUUUGCUUUGGGCACCAACUGCAGUGGCUGUUUAGGUCUCGGAGACCUUCAGAGCACUAUUGAGCCGCGCAGGAUUGAUGUCUUGUGUGGAAAGAAGAUUGUGUCCCUGAGCUACGGAACAGGACCACAUGUGGUUAUCGCUACUUCAGAUGGAGAGGUGUUUGCUUGGGGCCAUAAUGGCUACAGCCAGCUGGGCAACGGGACCACCAACCAUGGACUGACCCCUGCCCUCGUGUCCACCAACCUUCUAAGCAAGAGAGUGACCGAAGUGGCCUGUGGCUCACAUCACAGUAUUGCCCUCACGACUGAUGGAGAGGUCUACGCAUGGGGUUACAACAACUCAGGCCAAGUAGGUUCAGGCUCAACUGCCAACCAGCCGACACCUCGCCGGGUCAGCAGCUGCCUGCAGAACAAAGUGGUGGUUAACAUAGCCUGCGGUCAGCUCUGCUCUAUGGCUGUACUGGACAAUGGAGAGAUCUAUGGUUGGGGCUACAAUUGCAAUGGACAACUAGGCUUGGGCAACAAUGGAAAUCAGCAGACCCCUUGCAGGAUCGCUGCUCUUCAAGGAGUCAACAUCGUGCAGGUGUCCUGUGGAUAUGCACACACGUUGGCACUUACAGAUGAAGGGUUUGUUUACGCCUGGGGAGCCAACUCGUAUGGGCAGUUGGGAACAGGAAAUAAGAGUAACCAAGCUCUCCCCACUCUGAUAAACACAGACAAGGAGAGGAUGGUGGAGGUGGCUGCAUGUCACACCAGUCACACGUCAGCUGCCAAGACCCAGAGUGGGCAGAUUCUGAUGUGGGGUCAGUGUCGUGGGCAGGCUGUGGCCAGCCCCCACCUCACCCAUUUCAGCACCACUGACGAUGUGUUUGCCUGCUUUGCCACACCAGCAGUCACGUGGCACCUCCUCUCAGUAGAUGGUGAUGACUACCUGACUGUGGCCCAGUCUUUGAAGAAAGAGUUUGACAGCCCGGAGAUUUCAGACCUGAAGUUCUUGGUUGAUGGGAAGUGUAUCCACGUUCACAAAGCCCUGUUGAAAAUCAGGUGUGAGCAUUUCCGUGCACUGCUGAAUGAAACAGACGAGGACACCAUAGAAAUUCACCAGUUCUCAUACCUGGUGUACAGAGCCUUUCUGGAGUAUCUGUACACAGACACUAUUAACCUGCCACCAGAGGAUGCCAUUGGCUUGCUAGACUUGGCCACGUUCUACCGAGAGACGAGGCUGAAGAGGUUGUGCCAGGAAACCAUCAAGAGGGGCAUUUCUGAGGAGAACGCCAUCACUCUGCUCUCUGCUGCUGUCAAGUAUGAGGCGCGGGAUCUGGAGGAGUUCUGCUUCAAGUUUUGCGUCAACCACCUAACAGCUGUCACGCAGACCCAGGCCUUUGCAGACAUGGACCACGACCUGCUCAAGAACUUCAUUAGUAAAGCCAGCCGCUACGGGGCCUUCAAAAACUGACUAGAACACCCCUGUUGGAUGCAACACAAUGAGGGUUAAGCUCACUGAGGUCCUGAGAGUUGACCCUAGACCAAAGUAAACACCAGGCUGUUCAGUACUUCAAAGCCUUUUUUUUUUCGCUGCGGAUGUUAGCACCGGAGAGGCAAACGGUUUCAGGUUACACCCUCUAACCGAUGCUUCUGUGUUACUGACCAAACACAGCGGUCAACGUUGGUGGUUAUUGGGUUGCAACAGUCAGUCUGUCAGUCACAAGCAGACAGCUGUGAAGUUGAAUAGAAAGAUGUGCCAUAGCUGUCCUCUUUCUAUCCACUCUCUUAAAUCCAAAAUGCUCAGAUUUGUUUGUUCACGUGAAUAAACAGACCGAUCCUAAAAGCUGAACACUUUUGAUAAUGUAUUUCAAUUUUAGGCUCAUGGCAUGACGAUGAUUUCCAUCAGGCUGCUCUUUAUCAGUAAGUGACACUAAUGAUCAAUUCCCAUUAUGUACUGUAGUGCACUGUAUCUAUCAUUAUCAUUAUCUGUAGUAGGGCCGCAAUGGUGAUGAUAACUACCUCAGAAAACAUCCUAGUAAUUUGGUUUAUUAUAGUUAAUUAUUAUCAUUACUGUUAAUGUACUCACCAGGUACAUUGACAAUUAAGGAAUAAAAACAGAAGGGUUCUGUUUGCUUCAACAAACACUGCAGGAUAAUUUCACAAAACCGUAAUGCCAUAGAUUAGUAGAGUUCAAUACCAUAGUUUUAAAAAUAUAAAGGAAUCAUAAUGAGUUUCAUACCAUGGUAUACAAUGAAAACAGUAUACCACUGAAACGUGCAAAAAUCAGCAGUAAAUACUGAGAAGGAUCAGCCCAGAACAAAUCAGCCAUGAGUUACCCUUAAGACCGCGCUGCUUCCGUUCUUCUGACGCCUUGAAUGUCAAACUACAGAAGGAUAGAGGAGCAGUGUUACGUGAGGAAAAAACAAGCUGUUCUUCUGCUUGACACUUUAUUUGAAAACAAUGAUAGGUUUAAUCUGAUAAAUGAUAAAAUUCAUUUACAUAACUUUUUGUUUUAUUUGUAGUUACUCGCCUUUGCCAUCCAAACAUUGGUUACUUUCUAUUGUAAGAUUUGCACAGUGUUGCUGGACUGUCAUUUUCAUCUGACUGAUGAAAGUUAGUGCAGUUAGUUAGACUUAUAGAAAGAUUUGGACAUCCCUCUGCGUGUUUACCAGAUCAAACCCAUCUGAGCAGCUGGUGUCUGUUUUACACAAGCAUAAAAAUGGAUUCCUGUGUAGCCUGUUGUUGAUGUAAAACUGUACGUGCAGCUGAUUUCACAGUCGCUGUCAUUGCAGUUUGGAAUGUUUACAAAAGUUUGUCUGUUGUUUUUUUUUUUUUUUUUUUUUUUUCAAAUUGUUUAUAUUUUGGCAGCAAUCUUCCGGUUCUUUUUACAAGCGUUUCUUUAUACGUCUCCCCUGGUAGCACCUUGUGAUUAUGACAGAGGCUUAGUGUAAUUACACAGCAGCUGUGUUGAAUAUAGCCCAAGUCUCAUAUAGGACCACAAGGUCUUUAAAUAUAGUGAGCAGAGAAUUCCACAUUAAACUCCUUAAUGCGUCUAGAUAGGAUCUAGCUAAUUGCUUUUCCUUUAACAAGCCAAUUAUUUGUUUUGGGUUUUUUUCGAACAUUUUGAUAAUGACUACAAAUGCCUGUGUUUUCAUUUUGUACAGAAAAUGGUGUAAGCUGCUAGCAACGAUGUUAAUGGUAACAUUUGAUAAUCUCAAAUAUAUAUUAAAAUCAAUAACUACAAAA